AGCUGGAAGCCGCCUGGGGAUUUUAGGAAGACGGCGCUGCCGCCAUUUUGCAAGCUUUUUGUCGCAGCGGCUGAGAGAUAAGACGGUGGGUUGGCUUCAUUGCUCGGCAAAGGGCCCUUUGCUUUAGCAGAGAUGCGGCAUUCCAAAAGACCUCACUGCCCUCAUUGGGAUGGUAGAGAGCGCUGGAGCCAUGAAAGCUACAGUGGAAGCCACAAACGAAAGAGGAGAUCCCACAGUAGUACACAAGAGAACAGACAUUGUGAACCACAUCACCAGUUUAAAGAAUCGGAUUGUGCUCCAUGUGCAUCCUCUUGAAGCUUCGCACUCUGUUGAAGAGGACAUUCAACCCAGUCAUUAUUUAGAAGCAAGAUCCUUGAAUGAGAGAGAUUAUCGGGACAGGAGAUACAUUGAUGAAUACAGAAAUGAGUACUGCGAAAGAUACGUUCCUAGGCAUUAUCACAGAGAUGUUGAAAGCAGUUACCGAAUCCACUGCAGUAAAUCUUCAGUCCGGAGCAGGAGAAGCAGUUCUAAAAGGAAGCAUAAUAGACACUGUUCAAGUCACCAGUCACAUUCGAAGAGCCACCGAAGGAAAAGAUCCAGGAGUAUAGAGGAUGAUGAGGAGGGUCACCUGAUCUGUCAAAGUGGAGACGUUCUAAGAGCAAGAUAUGAAAUCGUGGACACUUUGGGUGAAGGGGCCUUUGGCAAAGUUGUAGAAUGCAUUGAUCAUGGCAUGGAUGGCAUACAUGUAGCAGUGAAAAUAGUAAAAAAUGUAGGUCGAUACCGUGAAGCAGCUCGUUCAGAAAUCCAAGUAUUGGAGCAUUUAAAUACUACUGACCCCAACAGUGUUUUCCGAUGCGUCCAGAUGCUAGAAUGGUUUGAUCACCAUGGUCAUGUUUGUAUUGUAUUUGAAUUGCUGGGACUUAGUACCUAUGAUUUCAUUAAAGAAAAUAGCUUUCUACCAUUUCAAAUUGAUCACAUCAGGCAGAUGGCUUAUCAGAUCUGCCAGUCAAUAAAUUUUUUGCAUCAUAAUAAGUUAACUCAUACAGAUCUGAAGCCUGAAAAUAUUUUAUUUGUGAAGUCUGACUAUGUAGUCAAAUAUAAUUCUAAAAUGAAACGUGAUGAACGCACACUGAAAAACACAGAUAUCAAAGUUGUUGACUUUGGAAGUGCAACAUACGAUGAUGAACAUCAUAGUACUUUGGUAUCUACACGGCAUUACAGAGCUCCAGAGGUCAUUUUGGCUUUAGGUUGGUCUCAGCCUUGUGAUGUCUGGAGCAUAGGUUGCAUUCUUAUUGAAUAUUACCUUGGUUUCACGGUCUUUCAGACUCAUGACAGUAAAGAGCACCUGGCAAUGAUGGAAAGAAUAUUAGGACCUAUACCAACACACAUGAUUCAGAAAACAAGAAAACGCAAGUAUUUUCACCAUAACCAGCUAGAUUGGGAUGAACAUAGUUCUGCUGGUAGAUAUGUUAGGAGACGCUGCAAACCAUUAAAGGAAUUUAUGCUUUGUCAUGAUGAAGAACACGAGAAACUGUUUGACCUGGUUCGAAGAAUGUUAGAAUAUGAUCCAGUGAAAAGAAUUACCUUAGAUGAAGCAUUGCAGCAUCCCUUUUUUGACUUAUUAAAAAACAAGUGAAAUGGAAAUCAGUGGUCUUACUGUAUACUUCUCUAGAAGAGAUUACUUAAGACUGUGUCUAUCAACUCUAAACAUUCUAAUAUUUUUGUAAGCAUUAAAUUAUUUUGUACAGUUAA